UUUUUUCUAUCAUUAUUAUUAUUGUCUCUCCCUGCAUCGCGCCUUGACUCGCGAGUGACGGGACUCCGAAGCGGAGAGCUCGCGGGGGCGAUGUACCAGAGCUUGGCCAUGGCGGCCAACCACGGCCCCCCUCCCGGGGCCUACGAGGCGGGCGGCCCGGGCGCCUUCAUGCACAGCGCGGGCGCUGCGUCCUCGCCAGUCUACGUGCCCACGCCGCGGGUGCCCUCAUCCGUGCUGGGCCUGUCUUAUCUCCAGGGCGGAGGCGGGGGCGCCGCGUCCGGAGCCACGUCUGGCGGCAGCUCCGGUGGGGCCCCGUCGGGUGCCGGGCCCGGAACCCAGCAGGGCAGCCCGGGCUGGAGCCAGGCGGGAGCCGAGGGAGCCGCCUACACCCCCCCGCCGGUGUCGCCGCGCUUCUCCUUCCCGGGAACCACUGGGUCCCUGGCGGCCGCCGCCGCCGCCGCCGCGGCCCGGGAAGCCGCGGCCUACAGCAGUGGUAGCGGAGCUGCGGGUGCGGGCCUGACGGGCCGCGAGCAGUACGGGCGUGCGGGCUUCGCAGGCUCCUACUCAAGCCCCUACCCCGCCUACAUGGCCGACGUGGGCGCGUCUUGGGCCGCGGCCGCCGCCGCCUCCGCCGGUCCCUUCGACAGCCCGGUCCUGCACAGCUUGCCCGGUAGGGCCAACCCCGCUGCCCGACACCCCAAUCUCGUAGAUAUGUUUGAUGACUUCUCGGAAGGCAGGGAGUGUGUCAACUGUGGGGCCAUGUCCACCCCGCUCUGGAGGCGCGACGGGACCGGGCAUUACCUCUGCAAUGCCUGCGGCCUCUACCACAAGAUGAACGGCAUCAACCGGCCCCUGAUCAAGCCCCAGCGCCGGCUGUCAGCUUCCCGCCGGGUGGGCCUGUCCUGUGCCAACUGCCAGACCACCACCACCACGCUGUGGCGCCGCAACGCCGAGGGUGAGCCGGUGUGCAAUGCCUGCGGCCUCUACAUGAAGCUCCAUGGCGUCCCAAGGCCUCUUGCAAUGCGGAAAGAGGGGAUUCAGACCAGAAAACGGAAGCCCAAGAACCUUAAUAAAUCUAAGACACCGGCAGGUCCCUCAGGUGCUGAGAGCCUUCCUCCCGCCAGCAGCGCCUCCAGCAACUCCAGCAACGCAGCCACCAGCAGCAGCGAAGAGAUGCGUCCCAUCAAGACAGAGCCCGGGCUGUCAUCCCACUACGGGCACAGCAGCUCCAUGACUCAGACGUUCUCAGUCAGUGCGAUGUCCAGCCAUGGGCCCUCCAUCCACCCGGUCCUCUCGGCCCUGAAGCUCUCCCCACAAGGCUACGCAUCUUCUGUCAGCCAGUCACCGCAGCCCAGCUCCAAGCAGGACCCUUGGAACAGUCUGGCCUUGGCUGACAGUCAUGGGGACAUAAUCACUGCAUAAUGUCACCUCCUUCCCUCCUCAGAUUCCUGCACAGACUUGGGACUUGGAGGACGGCAGAGAUGAGGCUCUGGGGCCCCAGGAGCCAGCUCAUUCUGUUGGGGAAUGACUCCAGAAGAACAACUGGGAAGAAACUUGAAAUUGACAGUUUGGUUAGGGGAAGUGGGUCUUGGAUUUUAUCAGAUGCCUUUUCAAGGGUGGGCUCCUGGAAAGAGCCCAGACUCUGACCUGGAAGAACCCACCCUUUACUAUGAGCACAUUUAAGCCCAUUCUGUGGACUAAGAGACUUCUCUCUUGUUUUCCAUCCCACCCCUCCCCCGUAAGAGACUCAAUAUCCUUUUGCCCUACCCUUCCACCACCGUGGCCUGAGAUGGUGGUUUUUCCAUGGUGUUCCCAGCACUGGGGUUCUGAGGGUGGGUGGAGGGGGCUAGGCGCUGGGGCCUCUGGUCCAGCCUGAACCAGGGCACCUGUUUGACAUGUGUGUGGAUGCAACAAGCCCCUCCAGACAGCUGCUGCCUCUGUCCAGCACUCCCCUUUCAGGCUUGGCACACCCCUGCAUUCCUCAGUACCGAAUCUUGACCCUGGAGGUGUCAGUUGUGGCCUCGAUGCCACUGAAUGCUUCAUGGGGACACGGAGGAGAGGGCCGCUUCACCCACUGCAAGGUGUGCCUUGGUCAAAUCACACCUUGGCAACUUCGCCUCUCCCAAGUUCCUUUCCCUGGCUCUCGGCUCAAACCUCCAGUCCCUUCUCCUCACCCCCCAAGGCCUCUGAAAAUAAAAAUCCCUCCACUGCUGAGUGAUUCAGCUCUGCCUUCAGCUUGAACAGGUGUCUCGCUCUGCGGAGCAGGAGCUCAGCAGUCUAGCCACAGCAGCCUCCCCCUCGGCUGUGCCCCAAAUCCUUCUUCCACCCUGUCACCCACAGUCAGGGUCCGAGGAAGUACAAAAAGGUUCUGCUGCUAAAGCAAGUAUGACAAACACUCAUCUAAGACUUGAGGUCCUUCCGGAGAGCAUGUCUGGUAGACACUGUCUCCCUGGGGCUGG